GUGAUCUCGUGACUGCGACCGUCCACUUUUCGGGGCCAGGAAAAUGGCUGACAUCAGGUGUUAAAUAGUAUUGUUGAUUAAAUGUACAAAUUGUUACUUUUAACCUUAUGAAACAUCUACAUCUUACAUAGUGACUUUUAAUUUAACUUUGAAAAUAACUAAUACUGAUUGAAACUUCAAUUUUCUAUAAUAGAUCUCUAUGACUCAUAAAUUUUUGUAACUGGGAUACUCUGCCGAUAAAAGAAAGGUUUUUAAAUCGACAAAAGUUAACUCGUUUUUGUUGUUUUUCAUGUUUACAUAUGAUCGACUAAAGUGUUAAUGAAUUUGCCUUUUUGACAACUACCUACUGUGCAUAUUGUCCAGAAAAAGUAGCACUUUUCAAAGUAAAGAAUGAACUCGCCCCACGAACCUCCUGCUGAAGACAGCAUCAAAGUUGUCUGCCGAUUUCGACCUUUAAAUGAUGCCGAAGAAAAAGCUGGUAGUAAAUUUAUUGCAAAAUUCCCCCCAGGAACUGAAGAAUGUCUUUCACUUCCAGGCAAACUUUAUAUGUUUGAUAAAAUUUUCAAACCUAAUGCUACACAAGAAAAAGUAUAUAAUGAAGCAGCUAAAGCUAUUGUCAAAGAUGUACUCAUGGGAUACAAUGGUACUAUUUUUGCCUAUGGUCAGACAUCCAGUGGUAAAACUCAUACUAUGGAAGGGGAUCUUACCGAUUCUGUAAAUCAAGGUAUUAUUCCAAGGAUUGUUAAUGACAUUUUCAAUCAUAUAUAUUCUAUGGAUGAAAAUAUAGAAUUCCAUAUAAAAGUAUCAUAUUUUGAAAUUUACCUGGACAAAAUCAGAGAUCUCUUAGAUGUUUCAAAAACUAAUUUGUCUGUACAUGAAGACAAAAACAGAGUACCUUAUGUUAAGGGAGCAACAGAAAGAUUCGUCACUAGCCCUGAAGAAGUAAUGGAAGUAAUUGAUGAAGGAAAAUCAAACAGGCAUAUUGCUGUAACAAACAUGAAUGAGCACAGUUCUCGUAGCCACAGUGUCUUCCUCAUUAAUGUAAAACAAGAAAAUCUUGAAAAUCAAAAGAAACUCAGUGGCAAAUUGUACUUAGUAGAUUUAGCUGGUAGUGAAAAGGUCAGCAAAACUGGAGCUGAAGGCAUGGUGCUUGAUGAAGCAAAAAACAUAAACAAAUCAUUGUCAGCUCUGGGAAAUGUGAUAUCAGCACUUGCAGAUGGCAAUAAAUCUCAUAUACCAUAUCGAGAUAGUAAACUUACCCGAAUAUUACAAGAGAGUUUGGGUGGUAACUCUAGAACUACCAUUAUCAUUUGCUGUUCUCCAGCCUCCUAUAAUGAAUCUGAAACUAAAUCUACAUUGGAAUUUGGUCGUAGAGCGAAAACUAUAAAGAACACUGUCAUAGUCAACGAAGAAUUAACUGCAGAGGAGUGGAAAAGAAGGUGGGAGAAAGAAAAAGAAAAAGUUACUAAACUCAAAGCUCAGUUGUCCCAAGCUGAAGCAGAACUUAACAGGUGGCGAAAUGGUGAAUCUGUGCCACAAGAUGAGCAGCUGCUUUCUAAAGAUCUUGAUGUUAGUACCUUAUCAUUGAGUGAUACUUCAUCGGUGACUAACAUCCCUCAACAAGUGUCUGCUGAGCCAGUUGGCAAUGCUGAAAGGGCUAAGUUUGAAGAGGAACGUAUACGUCUUUACAGUCAAAUGGAUGAAAAAGAUGAUGAAAUAGCUAGGCAGAGUCAAGAAGUAGAAAAACUAAAAGAGCAAUUAGCUGAACAAGAAGAGUUGAUUACUGCAAAUCGCAAAGAUUAUGAGCUUUUACAACACGAGAUGAAUAGACUUCAGCAAGAAAAUGAGUCUGCUAAAGAAGAAGUCAAAGAGGUUCUUCAAGCAUUGGAAGAACUUGCUGUCAAUUAUGAUCAGAAGUGUCAAGAAGUCGACAGCAAGAGUCGCGAGUUUGAGCAGCUUAGCGAAGACCAUAGCCAGAAAUUGUCAAAUCUUAACAAUACCAUGAAUGAAUUGCAACAACUGAAGGAUAACACUAUGCAUCAAAAGAAAAGAAUGACGGAGAUGCUGACGAAUUUGCUGAAAGAUUUGGGUGAAAUAGGUGUUGUUUUAGGUGGGAAUGUGUCUGAUACAAGGGCGGCUGGAGAAUUGUCAGGAAAAGUUGAUGAAGAAUUUACGGUUGUUCGCCUUUAUAUCAGCAAAAUGAAAUCAGAAGUGAAAGCUCUUUCAUCUAGAUGCAGUCAAUUGGAAAGUUCUCAGGUUGACAGCAAUAAAAAAGUUGAAACAUAUGAGAAGGAUCUUGCAGAAUGUAGACUUCUUAUAAAUCAGUAUGAAGCGAAAAUGAAAUCAUUGCAAGAAACCAUUCGUGAUAACGAAAAUAAAAAAAGAAGUUUAGAAGAAGAAGUAGAUGCCCUUAAUGAAGAGUGUGCUAAACUGAAAUCAGCAAAGGAGAUGCAUAUUAUGGCAUCAAAAGAAAAGCAGAAGGAAAAAGACAGUGCUGAAAAGAUGAAAGAGGCUUUGGAACAGCAGAUAGAAAAACACAGGGAAGCUCAUCAAAAACAACUAGCCCAACUAAGAGAUGAAAUUGCAGAGAAAAAUUCACAGAUUGAUCAGCUAAAAGAUGUCAAUCAGAAGCUUUCUCUGGCCCAAGAACAACUACAACUUGAUUAUAACAAGCUGAAGCAGGAUGAAUCCGAUAAAACUCAGAAACUUCAAGAGUUUAUAUUAAUGAGUGAGAGAAGAGAGCAAGCUCGUCAGGAUCUCAAAGGCUUGGAAGAGACUGUGGCUAAAGAACUUCAGACUUUACAUAAUCUGAGAAAACUUUUUGUACAAGACCUUCAGAGUAGGGUAAAGAAAUCGUCUGUUGGAGAUGACAGUGAUGAUAAUGGCGGUAGUUUAGCCCAGAAGCAAAAGAUCUCAUUCCUCGAAAACAAUCUAGAUCAACUAACCAAAGUCCAUAAACAGCUGGUUAGAGAUAAUGCUGAUUUGCGCUGUGAACUUCCUAAACUAGAGAAAAGGCUGCGUGCAACAAUGGAAAGAGUAAAAGCUUUGGAGCAGGCUCUGAAAGAUGCUAAAGAAAGUGCUAUGCGUGAUAGAAAAAGAUAUCAACAUGAGGUUGAUAGAAUAAAAGAAGCUGUGAGACAAAAGCAAAUUGCUAGGCGUGGAAAUAUGGCUCAUAUUGCUAAACCCAUCAGGGCAGGACAGCCUCACUCUGGCAGUGCAAAUCAGGGCAUCAGGCCUAAUCAAUUCCAGGGUUCAGGAUCUAACAUGAAUAGUGGAGAUUCCACAGCUAUCAAAGGCGGUCGAAAAGUGAUGUCUCCUAAAAAAGAAGAAAGUUAAUGUAUAUACUCCAGUUUGGGCUUUGCCGAAGUUCUCCUUUCAUGAACUUUUUAAAAUCUUUUGGACACUGAGGACUUCUCCAGAGAUGAUUCGCAACAAAGCUUAUAAUUUAUACUUGCAAUUGUGUUUGCUAAAUAGUCAUGUCCUGACAUUCAGGGCUGUGAUGUCUUUCAACCCCCCCCCCCUUCUCUGUGUGCUCAAAAAUUGGGACAAGGGCAGACAUUUGUUGAAAAGAAGAAGAAAAAUUAACAUGCUUUUAAGCGUUAUUUAUUUUAUUAUUAUUAUUUUUUAAUCAAAGGGUUAUCUGACGAAGAUGAAUUUUAAUAUUGGAUAUUUAUUUCAAUCAUGUUAUCGAAGAAUUUAAUUAAAAAAAACUUGUUUAAACCAGCAAAUAAUUUUUGUUUAUUAUUUACCAGCUAAGUGGUGAAAUGUUAAGGACUUUAUUUAGGCUGGAAAUUUGAUAUAAUCAUUGUUGAUCAGUACUGUUUUUUCAAAAUGUCGCAUCAAGUAUCCGUUUAUAAGAUUUAAAUUUUUACUUAUUUUAAUGUAUUUCUCUUUUUUAAUGCUAAACUUUUUUUUUAGUGUUGGAUUUGCCUAUUAAUGCUUAUCGUUAAUAUGAUUAUUGGUUUAUGUACAGUAAAUUAUUUAUAUAACAUUUACUUUUAUGAUAAAUUAUUAUUAUUAAAAAUGGUUGUAAUGCUUUAAAUAUGAUUAAUUGUUAUCAUUGCUCAUUAGUUAUCCCUCAUCAAAGAUUCUAACAGUAUAUUAUAAGGCGAUAUAAUUGUGACAUUUUCGCCGAUUAUUGGUUAAAUUUUAUUUAUGUGAUUCUUGAAUUUAUCUUAAGUAAAAUGUGUUACCUAAUAAUAUGUGUUAUGCGAAAUUAAACUGGCUAUGGUGCUUACUUCUUUCAUGUUGAAAUGUAUGGUUUUCCAUACGAACAUGAUUGUGAAGUGUGCCUUCAUUGUUGUGCUCUUGUACUAUUCAAAUAAUAUUUACUAUAAUAUUUAGAUAGUUUUAAAAACUGAACACACCUCUAUUUUUCUACAUAAUAGUGAAAUCGGUUGGUGGAAUUUUGUGGACACUAACUUUUAUACCUGUGGUGAACUAGCUACCUGCAUGUCUUUGAGAAAGAGUUAAACCUCACAUUUACCUUUGCCAAAUCUAUGAAUUACCUCAUGAUGUAAUGUUUUUUUUUUUUUUUUAAAUUAAGGUGAAAGUGAUAGUUAUUGGGUGCCAAGUCCAGUCUAUAGUGUGCAAUGUUCCUUUGAAACUAUUGCAAGAGAGAAACAAUUUAUAACUGACAUGUGGAUGUUGCAUGUAUGUUCAACAUUCCACUUCUUCAGUUCUGAAAUGCUCGUUUAAGUUUUAUUGGUAUUUAUUAUGGUUCCAGCUGGCAUUUACUCCCACUUCAAACAAAUUGACUUUGACAACGAAGUAAAAAAUGAAAUUUGGUUAAUUUUCAAGGGCAUGGCUGAGAGCUAGUAUGAUUCGGACAUGCAAAGGUUGUCACACUGUCUGCAAAAAUACAUUAUCUAAUUUUCGGACUAUGUAGAAAAGUAGUCGGAUGUUCAAUUUUUAUAAUGAUGUAAAUAUUAUAAGGAAGAAAAAAUAAUUUUUUUUUCUAUAAAAAUUGUAAAUUUUUGAGGUUGCCUUAGUAAGUUAAAAUUAAGGUUUUAUUUUGAUUUUUGAGUAUAUUUAAAGCCAACUAUGUAAUCUGUUUCUAACUACUAGAUAAAUUUAAAUAAACGAUGUUAAAGUUACAAUUAGAAACAUAUUUUCACUUAGUAUAUUAUAAUAUUAAUAUUUGUUAAUAUUAGUUCAUUCAAAUUGUUAUUUGACAAUUUUUUUGUUAUUUAAAAGCUAUAAAAAUUUUGACUAAUAUCAGCUUGUAGUUUAUAAAAACUGUUGUAUUUUUAUUUAUAUAUAUAUGUUAAUAGUGCAAUAUGAUUUGGUUUAAUAGAUUGUCGAGCCAAGAGUGUUAACGAAUAACUUGUGUCUAAUUUAAAUUUUUCAUUAUGUAUCCAAUCUAGACAUAAUCUAUUUAAAAUUUGAAUUGAAAUUAUUUAAUGUAUUUUUAGUGAAAGGGAGAAACGGGUCAUUAGUUGGAAAAUUAUGUAAAGUUCUUUUUUGUUAUUUAUUUCUUUGUGAUGCAUUCAAUGUUUUUCCCCCUCACACUUUAGUGUCCAAUUGAUAACACUUUAACAUUCUUAGAUUUUUUUUUUCUUCAUAAUUUGUGUUAAAGUGGUCAGUUGACCCAUUGUAGUUUUAAGAAUUUUUUUUUAUAGCUAAUGAGUUAUGUCUGUAUACACCGCUGUAAAUGCUGUUAAAGAGGUAAAAUGAAAUGUUAUUGUAGUUGCGAGAGUGUACAUUAUUUUUAUUGCUUGUAGUGAAACUACUUUGCGCUUUGAAGGAUUCAUUCACGCCUUUAUCAAGUUUUAGAUGACAAAAAAAAAAUAUUUUUAUAAAAGAGAUUUUUAUUGCCACCUUAUUAAAAAGCAACAUCAACAUUGCAAGUUUUAAAAAAAAAAAAAAGAAAUUUUUUUUAUUAUUUUAUUAGUCAUCUGAACUAAUUUUUCAUCAGUAUUAAUAGAAUCAUAUGAAGGGUUAAUAUUUAAAUGUGACCAAAUCAGAAAAAGAGAAAAAAGCCUUUGUCAUUUUUUUAACAGUCUAGGGUGCAUUUUUUAAAAUGUUUUCAUAGCUUCAAAACUAACCAGGCUCGAUUUAGAAUUACUGUUCUGCUUAGUUUAAUCAAACUUGGCUUUCUAAAUUUAAAAAUGGUGGAUAUUCUAACUGUUUAUUUUUAAAAUUGUUUUAAAUUAAUAAGUUUUAAAAUUGGCCAAGUCCAAAAUGUGUUUGCAAUUUUUCUUCAUAAUCUUUUUUUUUAAAAAUUUAACUGGAAUGUCAUUAAGAAAAAAUCCUGACAUACAUUUGACCGUUUUUAUAUUUAAGCCCUUCAUUUAUUUAUUAGAAAAUCAUUUAAAUUGGCUGCAAAAUUUGAUUUCCCCAUACCUGAAAGCUGAAAUAAAACAUGUUGAUUAGAGUGUGUGCAAUCGAGAUUAUUUCAAUUUGUGAAACACAUGGGAAACUGUUGUGCAGCUUUGUUUUGGAAAAGUAAAAUUUCUCCAUGUUUACUUUGUGGUGGAUUUUAAUGUGACCAAAGAAUUCAUUAAUUUUCUGUGAUUUAUGUUUUCUUGCUUAAUUAAAAUAAAGCUUCCUUACUCUGUGCCUUUUUAUGAACAUGUGCUUGAUUUUAUUUUCACUGUAUAAAUUUUUGUCUGGAUUAAUAAAUGAAAUACCAGAUCGGUGGAUUUUAUAUGUAUCAUCUGCUGUUUUCAAUAAAUUAUUUCUGACUUAA